AUGAAUGCGUUGUGGGUCAUACUGCUUCUUCUUCAUCGAGGAUACACACUUAUUCCAGUAACUACAGUUCAACUCGGUGAACCUGCAACUUUGCUGUGUGACCUGCCUAAGACCGAGUUCAGCCGUAGAGUCGACUGGUACAAGCAGAGUCCUGGAGACUCUCUGCAAAGAAUUUGGACAAUGAAGGACUCUGCAGCACCUGCCUUUGCACCUGAGUUCAAAAACUCAAAAUGGGAUGUUAAGUAUGGCAAGAAUCUGACCAACCUGACCAUUUUGAGGACAAGAGAAGAGGACGAGGGAAUGUAUCACUGCGGAUUCACAGCGUGGCUCCAAGAUACCAAAUGGACUGCGACAUAUUUGUUAGUAAAAGGAAACACCCAGAAAACAUCGAACUAUUCUGUUGUUCAAAAGAAGAUAGCCCCUCCAGGAGGCUCAGUCACUCUUCAUUGUUCACUCCUCUCUAAUUUUGAUAACAAGACAUGUUCCGGAGGUCUCAGUAUGUUCUGGUUUAGAGAAGGAUCAAAUCCAUCUCAUCCUAGCAUCAUCUACACUGAUGGAAACAGACAUCAUGAAUGUGGGGAUAGCUCUGCGACUCAGCAGAGUUGUGUUUAUCAGUUCAAUAAAAGUAUUAGCUCCUCAGAAGAAGGGACUUACUAUUGUGCUGUGGCCACAUGUGGGAAGAUAUUGUUUGGAAAAGGAACUAAACUUCAAGUUCCUGGGUGCAGCGUGUGGUCACAGAGUGCCACUACAGUUAUUUUUCUGCUGUGUCCCAUCUUGGUUCUGAUUGUUGUUGCUGUCCUCGCUUACACAAUCAAGAAAACCAACAGUGAUUAUUGCAAAGCUACAACCCUGGAGAAAAACUCUGGUGAUUUCAAAAGACAACAGGAAAAGAACACAUCAGUGUUUUCUGCUGUCAUCUUUACUAUGAUACAAGAUAAAAAGAACAUAAAGGCCGUGAAGAGGCAGCAGAUUUCCAUGAAUUUUGGACCGGAUUAG